AUGAUAAAGGGAGCAGUAGAAUAUGGAGAGGAUAAGAUAACUGGUGUUUCGUUUGAUCAGUCAUUACCAACAACCGAUGAAGAGCGUAUGCGUGUUUGGGAAGUGGGUCAUCCUGAUUACCUUGGAGCUGAUGCUUACAGUAACAUUCAAGAAGCUAUCGAUCAUGCAUUAGAAUGA